AGGGGUAGAUUAGGAAUUUAACAAGAAGUGGUUCCUAAAUUGCAAAAGCAAAAGCCCUACAAAUACUUGGCACAGUUCCGGCGUCUGGCUUUUGGGAUUUAAUCCUUUCUCUUACGUUCUCGCUCUCUUCUCACGGUUCUCAUUCCUUUCAUUGCCUAACGAUUACCAUUCCCGCUAAGAAAGAUGUCUAAGUUCUUUGCUGCUCAGAGUGGAAGUGAUAGUGAAUAUGAGAGUGACGUCGAGGAAGAUUUGGACGACGUUCAAGAUACCAAUGUUGGUGGUGCCUCGCGUUACCUAGCAGGUGGCAGUGAUAGUGAAAACGAGGAUCUCCGUAAACGUGUUGUUCAGCCAGCCAAAGACAAGCGUUUUGAAGAGAUGGUUAGUACCGCAGAUCAGAUGAAGAAAGCCAUGAAUAUCAAUGACUGGGUUAGUCUACAAGAAAACUUUGAUAAGAUUAACAAGCAGUUGGAAAAAGUUAUGAGGGUUACAGAGGCUGUGAAGGCUCCAAUCUUGUACAUCAAAACCCUUGUGAUGUUGGAGGAUUUUCUAAGUGAAACUCUGACAAACAAGGAAGCAAAGAAAAAGAUGAGUACUAGCAACUCCAAGGCCUUGAAUUCAAUGAAACAGAGAUUGAAGAAGAACAACAAGCUGUAUGAAGAAGAGAUUAAUAAAUAUAGGGAGUCUCCAGAAACCGAGGAAGUGAAGGAAUCAGAGAAUGGAGAUACGGAAGAUGAAGACAGUGAUGUUGAGUUUAAGGAUGGUAUUAUUGUGGAUACUGAGUCUGAAGAGGAGGAAGAGAACGAUAAAGGUGAUCCCUCUUGGGAGAAGAUGCUAAGCAAGAAAGAUAAGCUUAUGGAGAAGUUGUAUAAUAAAGACCCUAAAGAGAUCACAUGGGACUGGGUCAACCAAAAGUUCAAAGAAGUUGUGGCUGCCCGUGGCAGGAAGGGAACUGCACGAUUUGAACUGGUUGAUCAGCUUACACACCUGACAAGGAUUGCCAAAACUCCAGCACAGAAACUUGAAAUCUUGUUUAGUGUUAUUUCUGCACAGUUUGAUGUGAAUCCUGGUCUCAGCGGACACAUGCCUAUCAAUGUCUGGAAGAAGUGUGUGAAUAACAUGCUUACAAUACUGGACAUUCUUGUCAAAUAUGAUAACAUCGUUGUUGAUGACACGGUUGAGCCUGAUGAGAAUGAAACUUCAAAACCAGAAGAUUUUGAAGGAAAAAUCCGGGUCUGGGGAAAUCUUGUUGCAUUCGUGGAGAGGAUAGACACUGAAUUUUUCAAGAGUUUGCAGUGCAUAGAUCCUCAUACACGUGAGUAUGUGGAGAGAUUGAGAGAUGAGCCGAUGUUCUUAGCUCUUGCUCUAAACAUCCAGGACUACUUUGAGCGGUCUGGUGACUAUAAAGCUGCUGCAAAGGUGGCCUUAAGACAAGUUGAGUUAAUUUACUACAAGCCUCAGGAAGUUUAUGAUGCCAUGAGGAAACUGGCUGAGCUGGUGGUGGAAGAAGAUGAAGAAGAAGAUAGUGAGGAGCCCAAAGAGGAAACUGGACCUCCUUCAUUCAUUGUUGUUCCAGAGGUUGUUCCUCGUAAGCCUACCUUCCCAGAGAGUAGUCGAGCUAUGAUGGAUGUUCUUGUCUCUCUUAUAUACAAAUAUGGAGAUGAACGAACUAAAGCCCGUGCGAUGUUAUGUGAUAUCUAUCACCAUGCUUUAGUAGACAACUUUGUGACUGCUAGGGAUUUAUUGCUGAUGAGUCAUCUGCAGGACAAUAUUCAACACAUGGACAUCUCAACCCAGAUCCUCUUUAAUAGGUCCAUGGCACAGCUUGGUCUCUGCGCAUUCCGGGUUGGAAUGAUUACAGAGGCUCACAGCUGCCUCUCUGAGUUGUACUCUGGUCAAAGGGUGCGGGAGUUACUUGCUCAAGGUGUCUCGCAAAGCCGCUACCAUGAGAAGACUCCCGAGCAGGAAAGAUUGGAGAGGAGACGACAGAUGCCAUAUCACAUGCACAUAAACCUUGAGCUUCUCGAAGCUGUUCAGCUCAUCUGUGCAAUGCUGCUAGAGGUCCCUAACAUGGCAGCCAAUUCUCACGAUGUCAAACGCAAGGUGAUUAGCAAGAAUUUCCGUCGCCUGCUCGAGAUCAGUGAGAGGCAAGCAUUCACUGCUCCUCCUGAGAACGUUCGUGACCAUGCCAUGGCAGCAACCCGAGCUCUGACUAAAGGAGACUUCCAAAAGGCUUUUGAAGUUGUGAAGUCUCUUGAUGUCUGGAAGCUGUUCAAGAAUCGGGAAACCAUCCUUGAUAUAGUGAAGGAUAGGAUCAAAGAAGAGGCUUUGAGGACUUACCUCUUCACAUACUCGGCCUCCUACGAGUCCCUAAGUCUAGAUCAGCUUGCCAAGAUGUUUGAUCUCUCUGAAAACCAAGUCCACAGCAUCGUGAGCAAGAUGAUGAUCAAUGAAGAACUCCAUGCAAGCUGGGACCAACCUACACGUUGCAUAAUCUUUCAUGAUGUCCAGCACACCAGGUUGCAAACCUUGGCUUUCCAGUUAACUGAGAAACUUGCUGUUCUUGCGGAGAGCAACGAAAGAGCAAUGGAGGCUAGGACUGGUGGUGGUGGUCUGGAUCUAAACUCAAGGAGAAGAGACAACAAUCAAGAAUAUGCAGGAGGAGCAGGUGGUGGAAAGUGGCAAGACAAUAUGUCUUACAAUCAAGGAAGACAAGGUUACAACGGGGGUGCUAGGUCUGGUUAUGGUGGUAACAGAUCAUCUGGACAUGCAAGAGACUGGUCAGGUCAAAACCGAGGGAGUGGUGGGUAUGCAGGAAGAGGUGGAACAGGGAACAGAGGAAUGCAGAUGGAUGGCACGAGCCGUAUGAAAAUCUACCAACUGUCUCAAAUUCUCUCUCCUCUUUCUUUGAAACGGGAAAGAGGGAGGGAAGAAGAUUCUAGAAAGAUCAAUGGAAGGCUCAGGGACAUGGCAAGAUCUCUCUUACAACCAUGGGUCACUCGUCAAGUCGUCGGUGGUGUUCCUCUCAUUCUCAGAAUCCAGAAAUGUCAGAAUGGAGUGUUGGAUGCUUUCUUCUCAGGGCUAUCAUGUGUUGUCUCUGUGCCCUUUUACACUGCUUUCUUGCCUUUGCUCUUCUGGAGUGGACAUGGUAGAUUGGCUAGGCAGAUGACUCUCUUGAUUGCAUUCUGUGAUUACUUGGGAAAUUGCAUUAAGGAUGUGGUAUCAGCUCCUAGGCCAAGCUGCCCACCGGUUAGAAGGAUUACUGCCACAAAAGAUGAGGAAGACAAUGCAAUGGAAUAUGGCUUGCCUUCUUCACAUACUCUUAACACUGUUUGUUUAUCCGGCUAUCUACUCCAUUAUGUGUUAUCCUCCUUGGAACACGAAAGUGUGUCUAUCCAAUACUAUGGAUUUGCCCUUGCUUGUUUGUUGGUAGCCCUAAUCGCCUUUGGAAGGAUCUACUUGGGUAUGCACAGUGUCGUCGAUAUCAUCAGUGGUCUUGCCAUAGGAGUUCUGAUUCUAGGUCUUUGGCUUACUGUCAACGAAAAAAUUGACGAUUUCAUUACAUCAAAACAGAACGUUAGCUCCUUCUGGACUGCGUUGAGUUUCUUAUUGCUCUUUGCUUAUCCGACCCCUGAGCACCCAACUCCUAGUUACGAGUACCACACUGCCUUCAACGGGGUUACCCUAGGGAUUGUUACCGGAGUGCAGCAAACGUACAGUCAAUUCCACCACGAAGCUGCUCCACGAAUCUUCUCACCAGAGCUCCCUAUUUCAUCCUACCUUGGUAGAGUCUUGGUGGGGAUACCGACAAUACUCUUAGUGAAGUUCUGCAGUAAAUCUCUUGCAAAAUGGACUUUACCAACAGUAUCCAACGCACUUGGGAUUCCAAUAAGAUCCAGCAUGUACAUUCCCAAGCUCAAGGUCGAUAAGGAGUAUGCAAGUGGGAAGAAGACAGACGAACCCAAGAACUCAGUUGGAUAUUUGCAGAAAAUAUGUGAGCUCUUGAGCCAGGACUCGUUUGAUAUUGAUACUGGUAUUAGGUUCUUCCAAUAUGCAGGCCUUGCCUGGUCUGUUGUUGAUCUUGUUCCUUCGCUAUUCUCUUAUGUUAACUUGUAGUAACAGUUCCUUUGUGUGAUUUUAUAAAAUCAAUGCCUGUACAUGACAUUUGUUCAUCAACUCGUAUCCACUUCACCAUACCCACAGUCCAUUGUUUUGGCUUUAAAGAACAUCAUUUCGUUUUAUAUUAUUAGGUUUCAAAUAAAGAGUGCAAAAAACA